CGCGACACAAGAUCCGAGCCACAAGUCAACAAACAUCUCUGUGUCCCCUUGCGGGGGAUAGCGCAAUGCGGGCGUGCUAAGCCCAGGCCUUCGUAGCAGCGCGACCGUAUCUUUCUUCCACGCUUUCUCGUUGCUGGCGCCGCAAUGUCCCCGCCACUGUUUCGGAUACCGGUCCCGGUGAUGAUGCCGCUGCCCGUCGCACCCGCGUCGAAGCUUCAAGUCCGCGAUGAGCAAAACGACGGCGGGAAACCCCAUGCUCAACUCGCCGUGUUCAUUUUCGCCGGUCUUGCGGGCGGCGUGGCCCUUAUGUUUCUCACCCGCUUCCUGUACCGCAGGUUCUUCCGUUCGCGCUACAGAUACAAGCCGGCGAUUCACCAAGAGGACUCGCCAGCCACACGCCAGAUCGGCCGCCGCCACCAAGACGCCGUAGAAGACGCAUUAACAGAUGCGUACGUGCGGAACGAUGACAGCAAUCCGUCCACGGCUGCCGUUUCCGAGGUCCAUCGAAGCGCCUCGGUCCGCAGUGUCAUGACGCUGCCCCCAUACCGGCCCAAGCCGACCGAAACCGAGGUUGUCCUCGGCCGGGAAGGCGAGCGUGACGGGAUGGACGUGGUGGUAGAGAUGCGCACGGCCGAGGAGGAAGAAGCGCUUCGCGACGAGGAGAUGGAGACGCUGUACCAGAUUCGGGCAGCUCGCCGCCGGAUAAUCGAGGAGCGUGAGGAGCGUCGGCGCCGGCGUCGCGAGGCGCGUGAGAACAACGACUUCGGCGCCCUCCGCCAGAUCCGCGAGCAGGGUCGCGGCUCCACUACGCACGAUACGUCCGUGAUCGAAGGGCUCCGGCAGUCGCACGAGCGCGUGCGCGAGGCGCGCCAGCGCGCCGUCAACAGCAUAGCAUAUGCCGACGUCGGCAUUGCUCACGCAGACGGCACGCGCGUCCGCACAAAUAGCACCGAGAGCAGCGAACGGAUCGGGUUGCUGUCCGAUGCCGCGAGCAUCUCGGCGGGGAGUCUGUUUCGGCGGCGGGACCGGAGCGCGAGCGCGACGCUGAGCAUCGACACAUCGCUCACGCUGCACGACCGGGCCGAGUCCCCGGCGCUGUCAACGACGGGCGGCAGCGGGAUGUAUCGGCUGGCUAGCGCGGGGCGAACUCGGUCCCGAACUAAUUCGGGCGCUACCACGCCGAGGAUCCCGACUCCCAGCGUCUCGACCACCCCCCUGGCAGGGUCAUCCCCUGAGCUCGUCGACGCUGAGGAUGCCGACCUGGGGGAUAUUGGUAUCCCGCCCCCGGGGUACGACGAAGUGAGCCUGGGCGAAGUGACGCCGAUGCAUUCGCCCCGGAGCUCGGAUGUAUCGGGGAGGGCGAGCCCGUAUCCUGACCCGCCGCCCGACUACCCAGGCCCCGGCCCAGCCGACGCGAGAAACAGUCGGCUUUCAGCGCACAUGGAAGAUCUCGCGGCCCAGGCUCGAGGGGACGACAACGCUAGGACAAGAGGCGGCGUGCCGAGACGGCCAAGUUUGAGACUGCAACAAGUCCCACAGAUUGUGAUUGAGCCGUCGAGUGCGCGUCCUUGAGCGUUGACCGUGAGAGGGGUUGUCGGGAUUUUAACUUGCUGAUUGUUUAAUGAGGCUACGACCUGGGGCUGAGAUUUUAGUUUGGGAUAGAGCGCAAUGGGCUGGCCCGGAUUGUUGGAUACCCUUGGGUUGGAGGCACCGGAUUGUAUAAUUAUACAAGGCGCGCGGGAA